CGGCCCUGAGGAGCCCGGGAGCGGCUGAAGGGAGCGGGUCGGGGGGAGCGGGCGCUGCAUCCCGCGCUUCGGCACCUGUGGGGGAAGCGUUGGUGUGGGAGCGCAGCUCUAAGGAUGUGUAGGAUGUCCUCCACCCUUUUUACUCGAAGUAACUGAGAAGGACGGGAGCUCAAGAUGAGGACCAACAAGGUGUACAAGCUGGUCAUACACAAGAAGGGCUUUGGAGGCAGCGAUGAUGAACUGGUAGUGAAUCCUAAAGUAUUUCUUCAGAUCAAACUGGGAGAUGUUGUGGAAAUUGCACAUCCCAAUGAUGAAUACAGCCCUCUGCUCCUGCAAGUGAAAUCACUGAAGGAAGAUUUGCAGAAAGAAACGAUAAGUGUGGAUCAGACUGUUGCACAGGUUUUCCGACUGCGGCCGUACCAGGAUGUCCAUGUGAAUGUUGUUGACCCAAAGGAAGUGACCUUGGACUUGGUGGAACUGACUUUUAAAGAUCAGUAUAUUGGCCGUGGGGAUAUGUGGCGACUGAAGAAAAGUUUGGUCAGCACGUGUGCAUAUGUCACCCAGAAGGUGGAAUUUGCAGGUAUCAGGGCACAAGCAGGUGAGCUGUGGGUUAAGAGUGAGAAAGUCACUUGUGGAUACAUCAGUGAGGACACACGGGUGGUCUUCCGCUCCACUUCUGCCAUGGUUUAUAUUUUCAUCCAGAUGAGCUGUGAAAUGUGGGAUUUUGAUAUCUAUGGGGACUUGUACUUUGAGAAGGCUGUGAAUGGUUUCCUUGCUGACCUCUUCACAAAAUGGAAGGAGAAGAAUUGUAGCCAUGAAGUGACAGUGGUUCUAUUUUCUAGAACGUUUUAUGAAGCAAAAUGUAUAGAUGAGUUUCCUGAAACACAUCGUGCAUCAAUCCGGCAGGAUCAUGAGGGAAGGUUUUAUGAAGAUUUUUACAAAGUUGUAGUUCAGAAUGAGAGACGAGAAGAGUGGACCUCAUUGCUUGUGACCAUUAAAAAGCUUUUCAUCCAGUAUCCCGUGCUGGUACGACUGGAGCAAGCAGAGGGCUUUCCUCCAGGUUUCAAUUCUACAUCAGCACAAGGGAACUACUUGGAGGCCAUAAAUCUUUCAUUCAAUGUGUUCGACAAGCAUUACAUAAACAGGAACUUUGAUCGGACUGGCCAGAUGUCUGUGGUCAUCACCCCUGGUGUGGGUGUGUUUGAAGUCGAUCGCCUCCUUAUGAUUCUGACCAAGCAGCGGAUGAUAGACAAUGGGAUUGGUGUGGACUUGGUAUGCAUGGGAGAGCAACCACUGCAUGCUGUACCACUCUUUAAGCUCCAUAAUCGCUGUGGACCUGGGGAUUCCAGGCUGGGUGAUGACUACAAUAUUCCACACUGGAUAAACCAUAGUUUCUACACAUCCAAAAGCCAGCUUCAGUGUAACAGCUUCACUCCACGGAUCAAACUGGCAGGAAGAAAACCAAUGACUGAGAAAACAAAAAAUAGCCGAGAUGCCUCAUUAGGAGCUCCAAAAGAUGCUGAGAACGCCCUGCCCAUCCAGGUUGAUUAUGAUGGCUAUGAUGCCCAGGUGUUCAGACUACCAGGUCCAUCCAGAGCUCAGCGCUGCACCACUUUUAGCAGAUCCGUGAGGGAGAGAGAAAGUCGUACCAGAAAGAGCUCUAGUUCCUAUGAUGUCUCAUGCAGCCCUUCUCUGCAGAGCCGCACGCUGCCCCCAGAGGAGGUGAGGAGCCAGGCUUCUGAUGACAGCUCACUGGGCAAGAUCUCCAACAUCCUGAUGAUCCCACGACCUCACCUGCAUCAGUAUGAAGUCAGCAGCUCUUUGGGCUAUACCAGCACCAGAGAUGUCCUUGAGAACAUGCUGGAGUCUCAGCAACGUGACUCCAGUGCCCCAGGGAGGUUCCAUGUUGGCAGUGCAGAAUCCAUGCUACACAUUCGGCCUGGGGGAUACACACCCCAGAGAGCACUGAUCAAUCCAUUUGCUCCAUCACGCAUGCCCAUGAAGCUUACAUCUAACAGGAGGCGCUGGAUGCACACUUUUCCUGUGGGUCCAUCAGGAGAAGCUAUCCAAAUUCAUCACCAAACUCGACAGAAUAUGGCAGAAAUGCAGGACAGUGGGCAGCAGGAUUUGACACACUCCUCUGCUGAGCUGCUGGAGCUGGCUUAUCACGAGGCAGCUGGCAGGCACAGCACUUCUCGGCAUCCAGGUGACGGUGCCUCCUUCCUGAGCUUCAGUGGCACAGAGGAGUAUUCCAACGGUCUGGCUGGCAGCAAUGGUGCAGGGAUGAACCUCAAAACUCAGAACAAGGAUUCAUCAGAAGAUGCUGUCUCUAACUCUCCAGAUCCAAUUCUGACACUGUCUGCUCCCCCCGUAGUGCCAGGCUUCUGUUGUACAGUUGGAGUGGACUGGAAAUCUCUCACUACUCCGGCAUGUCUCCCUCUUACCACCGACUACUUCCCCGACCGCCAGAGCCUGCAGAACGAUUACACUGAGGGCUGCUACGAUCUCCUCCCAGAAGCUGACAUGGACAGGAGAGAUGAGGAAGGAGUGCAGAUGACAGCCCAGCAGGUGUUUGAGGAGUUUAUUUGUCAGCGUCUCAUGCAAGGCUAUCAAAUUAUUGUGCAAUCUAAACCACAGAAGCCAGCCACAACUGUGCCACCCCCGCUCAGCAGCAGUCCCCUUUACAGUCGAGGCCUUGUUUCAAGAAAUCGACCUGAAGAAGAAGAUCAGUACUGGCUGAGCAUGGGCCGUACUUUCCACAAAGUGACAUUAAAAGACAAAAUUAUUACUGUGACUCGAUAUCUGCCCAAGUAUCCAUAUGAAUCUGCUCAGAUAAACUACACUUACAGCUUGUGCCCCUCUCACUCUGACUCUGAAUUUGUCUCUUGCUGGGUAGAGUUUUCCCACGAGAGAUUAGAAGAGUACAAGUGGAAUUACUUGGAUCAGUAUAUCUGCUCUGCUGGCUCAGAGGACUUCAGCCUUAUUGAAUCACUGAAAUUUUGGAGGACUCGCUUUCUCCUUCUGCCUGCCUGCAUCAGUGCCACAAAGCGUAUUAUGGAGGGAGAAGUGCACUGUGAUGUGUAUGGAGACAAGCCCCGUUCUGAUGAGGAGGAGUGGCAGCUCCUAGAUGGGUUCAUUCGCUUUGUGGAAGGUUUGAACCGCAUUCGUCGCCGCCAUCGAUCCGAUCGAAUGAUUCGAAAAGGGUCUGCCAUGAAAGGCUUGCAGAUUGCUGGUCCGCUCCCCACCCACUCUCUGGAGCAGCCUGGGCCUCCCAUUGGGAAGAAAGGAACCUCAGCACUCUCAGCUCUGCUGGAGAUGGAAGCCAGUCAGAAGAGUCUGGGGGAGCAGCAGGCAGCAAUGCUUUCUGGGAAGAGCUCUGGGCAGCCUUCAGAGAGCGGGAGCAUUGCUAUCACACCCACCUACAUGGACAGCCCUCGUAAGGAUGGGGCCUUCUUUAUGGAUUUUGUUCGCAGCCCUCGUUCAGCUUCAACUUUCUUCUCACAGGUCUCUAUAGAUCAAUCAGUUCCUGGAACCUCAGAUGCCAAUACAUUGAUAAAUACAGGACAGUCAGCCGAGAGGGGCAGCACUCAGAGCUUGGGAAGUUCCCAGAGCACAACAGACCAAGGAUAUGUAACAGCUGGUGCUGCAGAGGGCAGCUCUCAGCAGUGCUCAGUAAGCUCUCUGACUUCCUCCUCCACCUUGAUGGAGAUUCUUGAAGCCAUGAAACAUCCUACCACAGGGAUCCAGCUGCUCUCUGAGCAGAAGGGCCUCUCUCCAUCCUGUUUCAUCAGUGCAGAAGUUGUGCAUUGGUUGGUGAAUAAUGUGGAAGGUGUGCACACCCAAGCCAUGGCGAUUGACAUAAUGCAGAAAAUGCUAGAAGAGCAGCUGAUUGUCCAUGCAUCUGGAGAAGCUUUACGAACCUUUAUUUAUGGCUUUUAUUUUUACAAGAUUGUUGUGGACAAAGAACCUGACCGAGGUCAGAAUUGUGUUACAAGGCAUUCCUCAUUAUUCCUUUGCAUAAUUGCUAGCUGUACUUGAUUCUUAUGGGUGUUGCAGCAGAAAUGCAUUUUGGGAGCAACCAAAAAACACUGCUCUAAAGAGAAUCGAGGAAAUUUAGACUUUGGGAAUGUUAUUUAAAAAGAAAAA